GCGGCUGCAGCCCGGCAGAGCCCCCGCCGCAGCGAGCUCCCCCGAGCCCCGGCCAGCAGCGAGCCUCCCACCCGCGGCCGGCAGCGCUGCCGCAGCCGCGCUCCCCGAGCUGGAGUCACCGCAGAGCGCACGGACCUGCGGCCACAGCAGCAAAUGCGCCCGGCGAGCGGCGGCCGCCCCCGCUGCGCUUCUCCCGGGCCGGAGGCGAGCUGUGCCCUGGCCCAGGGACAGCGGGCCCGGCCGAGGUGCCACGCGCUGGCCGGUCCCCAUUGAUGCUGUCUUGUCACCCGCGCUCGGAAAGCAUGUGGGGACCCGGCUCCUGGCUGCCGUGGGACCAGGGGCUGGCUGGGGACAGCCACUGCUAAGAAACUGCCCCCCCACCCCAACUUGUCAUCCCUCUGAUCUGCUGCCACCAGGUCCCCCAUGAGGUCACCGCUGCUGCCGCUGCUGGUGCUGUGGGUGCCGCGGCUCCCCGGGACCCUGGCAGAGGGCGAGGGAUGCAACCACACAGCACAGGCAGGACUGGAGGGCCAGGAUGCACGUGGUGAAAGAGGCAGCCUGCUGAAUGUCAGUGUGAGUGACCAUGACCGGUCAGACUCCCUCCUGCUGUCCUGGCAUGAGCCAGAGGGAGGUGCCAAGGGAUAUUUGCUUGCCCUCUCCUCCCUGGGGUCAGGCAUGCUGCUGCAGAAUGGGUCUGCUGGACCCAACACCACCAGCUUCUGGUUCCAUGGGCUGACUCCUGGCACACGCUACGAGAUCAAGGUGACAGCCACGCUGGCCUGCAUGGGCACCACCAGCCAGACCAUCACAGCACAGACAAGUCCGGCCCCCGUGCAGAACCUGAGCCUGAGCAGCGGCGGCAGCCAGGCCUCGCUGCGGGCAGCCUGGGCCCACGGGCACGGCCAGCGCGACAGCUACAGCCUGGCCCUGUGGCACAGCGACUCCCAGAGCCUGCUCAGGAACCUGUCCCUCCUGCCCAGCGCCUCCAGCUUCCUCUUCCAGGGGCUGCUGCCUGGCAGCGAGUACGCCCUGAGGGUCAGCACGCUGGCUGGGUCCCGCCAGGCCAGCACCAGCAUCCGCCAGUGGACAGCUCCCUCCAUCCCCACCCAGCUGAGGCUCAGCCCAGCUUCCAGCACCAGCCUCGUGGCCUCCUGGGCAGAUGCUGCAGGGGCUGCCUGGCUCCACCUUGAGCUCAGAAACCUCCUCACCCAGAAGGUCAGCAUGACCCUGUCAGCCAGGAGGGGCCUCACCAGCUACACCUUCCAGCAUCUGCACCCUGGCACUCAGUACUGGCUGGGGCUCAGUGCCAUGGCUGGCCCCUACACCGUGGUGGGACCCAAUGCCACUGCCUGGACCUACCCCCUGAGCCCUGGCAAUGUGACCCUGAGCAGUGCAGAGGAGCAGAACUCCCUAGAGGCUCGCUGGAGUGUCCCAGGGGGACAGAGGGAGUUCUACCUGGUGACACUGCGAGAGGGAGAGGACACUGCUCCGACCAGGAACAUCAGCGUUGGUGGGGACAAUGACCACGUCACCUUCCACGGGCUGAGCCCUGGCCAGCAGUACUCUGUGCAGGUGGUGGUGGUGGCAGGGCCCUACAGGGCAUCAGCACACAGCACAACAGCCUGGAUAGAACCACGAGCACCAUCUGGUGUGAGCCUGUCCAGCCAGGGCAGCCCCCACAGCCUGCUGGCCAGCUGGGAGGAGGCAGCAGGGGAGGGCUAUCUGCUGCUCCUCAGCCUGGCAGAGCACCCUGUGAGGAACAGCUCUGUGCUCAGGGGUGUCACAAGCUUCACCUACAAGGGCCUCCACCCUGGGACCCUCUACACCUUUGAGGUCAGCACCGUGGCUGGUCCCUACACAUCCUCACCCCGGCGCGUCUCCAACUGGACACACCCUUUGCCCCCAGAGCAGCUGACCCUCAGCAGUGGGGGCCACAGCACCUCUCUGCAAGCCUCCUGGAGAGCAGCUUCCUCUGGCAGCACUGGCUACACUGGGACCCUCCGAGAAACCAAGUCUCAGGAGCAGGUCAGGAAUGUGACUGUGGGGAGUGACUGGACAAAUGUCACCUUGGAGAACCUGGUCCCUGGGCGACAGUACACACUGGAGAUGGCUGCUGUGGCUGGGCCUUACACAUCCCCUGUGCGAUCAGCCACCGACUGGACGUACCCCCUGGCUCCAGCCGGCGUGACGCUGACCAACACCCGGCGCCCCAUGGGGCUCUCGGCCUUCUGGGACAAGCCUGCUGGAGAUGUGGACCAGUUCCACCUCCAGCUCUACAGCAAGAGCCAUGCAGCACAGAGGAACAUCUCAGUGGGGCCAAACACCCACAACUUCACAUUCCUGGGGCUGUCCCCUGGCACUCAGUACUUCCUGAAGGUGACUGUCCUCGCUGGCCCAUACAGAUCCUCGUCACACUUUGCCACUGAGUGGACAUAUCCACUGUCCCUGGCUAACGUGAGUGUGCAGCCUGGCCAGAAACCCCAGGAGCUGCACGUGAGCUGGGUGGAGUCCGGAGGCGGCAGAGAUCACUUGGUGCAGCUGUCAGUGGCCGAGUCCCUGUCCAUCAUCAGGAAUGUGUCUGUGCCCCGUGGAGUGUCGCAGCUGGAGCUGCAGGGGCUGGUGCCGGGCUCCCGGUACCGCGUGGAGAUCAUUUCCCAGGCUGGGCCUCACCGCAUCUCCUCCCAGACCGCCGUCGGCUACACCGUCCCGCUGCCUCCUCGCUCCCUGUCUGCCAGCCCCGGCAGCACGGCCCGGGCCCUGGCUGUGCGCUGGGACCCCGCUCCUGGGCACAGGGAUGGAUACCUGCUCAGCCUGCUGCAGGAGGGCUCUGCUGCACCACCAAGGAGCCUGCAAGCAGGGAAGGACAGCACCAAUGUCACUGUGCCACAGCUGGAAGCAGGAACGUGCUACCUUGUCAGGAUCUGGGCAGUGGCUGGACCCUACCGCUCCCUCCCUGAGAACAUCACGGGCUGCACAGUUCCUGCUGCACCAACAAAUGUGAGCCUUACCAACCCAGGCAGCUCCUCAGAGCUUUACACAUCCUGGAAUGAGCCCCCUGGCAAGAGGGACCACUACCAUGUUACUCUGUAUAGCCUCAACACCCAGAGCAGGAUUCAGGUCCAGACCUUGAGUCCUGAUGCCCUGAAUAUCACCUGGACUCAGCUGGAAGCAGGCAGCAAGUUUGCUGUGCAGGUCACUGCUGUGAAGGGCUCGUUAGAAGCCUCUUCCAUCAACAUCACCCAAUGGACAUAUCCCUUGGCCCCUGCCAACCUCACCCUGGGCAGCCCCUCAGGCUCAGCACUGGUGGUGUCCUGGGCAGUGGUGGCUGGAGGGGCAGAAGGUUUCGUGCUGGAUGUCCGUGAUGCAGCGUCCGGCGCUCCCGUGGGGCACACGGCGCUGGCUGCUGGUGCCAGGAGUCACAUCCUGAGGGGCCUGAGCCCUGGCACCUGCUACAGCGUGGCAGUGAGUGCCACAGCUGGGCCCUUCCACGCCAGCACCUCCAACUUCACCCACUGCACACGCCCACUGCCCCCAGCUGCCCUGCACUGGCUGGGCACAGGACUCCCUGACAGGCUGAGCGUGGCCUGGGGGGCCCCAGCUGGGGACAGGGAUGGAUACACACUGACCCUGUACCAGGCACAGCUGGGCACUGUGGCAGCUACAGCCUCGCUGGGGAGAGACAGCCACAACUUCACCUUCCUGGGACUGGCCCCAGGACACGAGUACUCCCUGGAAGCCACUGCCACAGCUGGACAGUACCAGGCAGCAGCACCCAAAAUCAAUGGCUGGACAUGCCCGCUGCCCCCCAGCUCUGUGCGCCUGCUGAGCACAGGACACCCCGACAGGCUGAGUGUGACCUGGGGGGCUCCAGCUGGGGGCAGGGAUGGAUACACACUGACCCUGUACCAGGCACAGCUGGGCACUGUGGCAGCUACAGCCUCGCUGGGGAGAGACAGCCACAACUUCACCUUCCUGGGACUGGCCCCAGGAAGCAAAUACCUGCUGGAGGUGGCAUCUGUGGCUGGGUCCUUCAGGGCACCUGCAGGGAACGUCAGCAACUGGACGUACCCCUUGGCACCCCGUAACGUGUACAUGACGAACCAGGGGUACCCCAACAGACUGAGUGCGUCCUGGAGAGCUGAACCCCAAGGACACCACAGUUACAGGCUGCUCCUGUAUCACUCGGGGUCAGGCACUGUGGCAGCCAAUGUCUCUGUUGGGAGAGGCACCAGCAAAUUCACCUUUUCUGGCCUGGCUCCAGGGCACAAAUACCUGCUGGAAGUGGUGUCCGUGGCAGGGCCCUAUGCAGCCUCUGCAGGGAACAUCAGUGACUGGACAACCCCCUCGGUUCCCCAGAAUCUCUCGGCGGUGGCUGAAGGGAACAGCACGGUGCUGGUCUCCUGGGGCAGCGUGUCCGGACAGCAGGAGGACUGCCAGCUGUGGCUGCGGGACCCCCGCAACAGCUCGGUGCCCUGGCGCCUCUCCCUGGGCAGGGGGCAGCUCCAGCACCUCCUGCAGGGGCUGGUCCCGGGCAGGAACUACUCUGUGUCCUUGAGCUGCGUGGCUGGGCCCUACUGGAGCAGCACCAAGCCCUUGGCAGUGCCCGUGGAGCCAAAUCCAGUGACGGAUGUGCAGUGCCUGCCAGAGUCAAGGAGCCUUUACUUGAACUGGACAAGCUCUCCUGGAGAUGUGGAGGCUUAUGAGGUGGUGACAAAGAGACUUUCUGAAGGACCCCCCACCUCCAUGCACACCAUGAGCAUCCCUUCAAGCGAGGCCAGUCUGGAGGGGCUGGAGCCAAACUCUUCCUACCAGCUCGUUGUGAGCACUGUGGGCAUGAACACACUGAGGAGCCAGGCUGUGACUGUGCUCUGCAGCACAGCAGUGGAGCCCCUGCCCCCGCCCCUGCGUGCAGACGUGUUCCCAGUGGAGGCCAGUUCCACGGUGAUCAUUUCACCUGAGCUCUUCAGCGAGGAGAACGGCCAGAUCGAGUACUACGGCGUCAUUGCCACCACUAACGAGUCACUGCUGAGGCCCACCCAGGAGAUCAUGUCCAGUACAUGGUAUGACCACUACUACGGGACAGAGGACUCGUACCUGGCCGUGCUCAUCCCCAACCCCUUCCGUCAGAGGAGCUCCCCCGAAACCUGGCGGGUGCCAGUGGGAACAGAGGAGUGUGGCCAGUCCAGGGCCACCUGCAAUGGGAAGCUGAAAGCCAAUGAACAGUACAGGUUCAGCAUUGCUGCCUUCACCAAAUAUGACCCAGUAGCCCCUGCUGUGACAUUCACCAUGUUCUCAGCUGCUGGAUCCAGUGCAGACACAGCUCCACUCUCAAUGCCAAUAAUUGCUGGAAUCGUUGUGGGAUUUCUCCUGACACUUGCAGCUGUUUUUGCUUUGGUGUACUGGAAACAGCUCAAAGCAAAGAGAACCAAGAAGAGCAAUCUGCCCCAGGAAAUGGUGACCUACAGCUUGAGAAACGUCCACCGGCCUGUUCCCCUGCAGAACUUCAAGCAGUACUAUGAGAUGAAGACAGCAAGUGCUAACCAUGCUUUUUUCCAGGAGUUUGAGGAGCUGAAGGAAGUUGGGAAGGAGCAGUCAAAGGUGGAGGCUGAGCUCCCAGCAAAUGUCUCCAAGAACAGAUAUCCCCAUGUGCUGCCCUAUGAUCACUCUCGGGUCAAGCUGAGCCAGCUGGGGGAGGAUCCACACUCAGACUACAUCAAUGCCAACUUCAUGCCUGGCUACACAUCCCAGCAAGAGUUCAUUGCCACCCAGGGGCCCCUAAAGAAAACCAUAGAGGACUUCUGGAGGCUGGUGUGGGAGCAGAACGUCUGCAACAUCAUCAUGCUGACAGUGUGCAUGGAGAACGGGCGGGUCCUCUGUGAUCAUUACUGGCCAUCAGAAUCUGCCCCAGUGUGCUAUGGGCAGGUGCAGAUCCACCUGCUGAUGCAGAGCAGCUCUGAGGAAUGGACCAUCCGGGAGUUCAAGCUGUGGCACGAGGGUGAGCGGGCAGAGCGCUCCGUGUCCCACCUGCACUACACGGCCUGGCCCGACCACGGCGUGCCCGAGUCCAGCACCUCCAUCAUGGCCUUCAGGGAGCUGGUGCAGGAGCACAUCCACAGCACCAGGGGAGCAGGGCCCACCCUGGUGCACUGCAGUGCUGGCGUGGGCCGCACCGGCACCUUCAUCGCCCUGGACCGGCUGCUGCAGCAGAUGAGGCAGGAGGGGGCCGUGGACAUCUUCGGCGUGGUGCACUCCCUGCGCAUGAGCCGCUACCUGAUGAUUCAGACCCUGUCCCAGUACAUCUUCCUGCACAGCUGCAUUCUGGAAAAGAUCUUGGAGGAACCUCUCCUGGAUUUAUCAGGGACAGAGAGGUCCUGCCCCAUCCCUCUGAAGAGCUUUGCCCAGCACUAUGCCCAGAAGGCAGCCAAGUCCCACAUGGGCUUCCUGAGGGAGUAUGAGGCCCUCCUGGAAGCUGUCAAGGAAGAAGCCAGCUCUGCAUCACCAUCUUCAGGCAGCCAGCAGGCACGGCCCUCCUCCAGCAUCCUGCCAUAUGAUCGCUCCAGAGUGAAGUUCUCCCUGCUGGAGCAGGGCCCUUUCUCAGGACUGCUGCAGGUGUGGCGUGUCCCGGGCUGCAGCUCCAGCAGGGAUUACCUGGCUGUCCACGGCCCUGACAAGCUGACCAUGGAGGACUUCUGGAGCCUGGUGUGGGAGCAGGAUGUUCACACAAUCCUGACACUCCUGCCAUGGCAGGAGAAGGGGGAGGUCCCAGGUGAGGUGUGCUGGCCCCUGGAAGGAGAUUCUCUCUGCACGAAGAUGCUGACCAUCCAGUGUGACUCAGAGAAGCUUGUCUCGGGGUGGAGAUGCACCCAGCUCAAACUGAAACACGUGUGUGUCCAUGGGGCUGCCCUGGCUCCCACCUCCUGGGGUGGGGCUCCUUGUGUCUCACAGGAGAAGAAAGCAAAGGAGAGGCAGGUGCAGAGGUUCCUGUACACACUGUGGAGCAGCAAGAAGCAGCCUGAUGUCCAGGGCCUGGUGGAGCUGCUGCUGGCUGUCAGAAGGUGCACACCCCACUGGAGGAGAGUGGGGCCUCUCCUGCUGCACUGCAGUGGUGACAUGAGCCAGAUGGGGACCCUGAUCUCCCUGGACUGCCUGUUGCACCAGAUGAAAGCUGAGAGAGCCGUGGACAUCUUCGGUGUGACCUUCCAGCUGGCCAGGAGCUGCUGCCUCAUGACCCCAACUCUGGACCAGUACAUGCUCCUGUACACCUGCAUCCAGGACAUCAUUGCUCAGAACCAGCCCUGACAGCACCUGGCCCGUGCUGGCACCUUCUGCCUCCCCCUCUGCAGGGUCCUGCACAGAGCUGGGGUGGUGAGGGCACCAUGGGACUCCUGGCACAGAGCAAAACCUGCAGAGAGUGGUGCCCACCCCAGGCAUUGUCCCCAGCGGGGUGUGAGCUGUGACACGGGGUGUCCUGGACACAUGGACAGUGCCCUGGACAGAUGGACAGUGUCCUGACACAUGGACAGUGUCCUGACACAUGGGCAGUGCCCUGGACAGAUGUACAGUGUCCUGACACAUGGACAGUGCUCUGGGCACAUGGACAGUGCCCAGGACAGAUGGAUGGUGUCCUGACACAUGGACAAUGCUCUGGACACAUGGACAGUGCCCUGGACAGAUGGACAGUGUCCUGACACAUGGACAGUGUCCUGGACAGAUGGACAGUGCCCUGGACAGACAGACAGGGUCCUGCCAUGCACCCCUGCAGGCUCUCCUCUUUUGGGCACCUCCUGAGGUUGCUGGUGCUUGGGGGGCUCUCCAGCCCCCUCACUCCAGGCUCUGGGGCUCUGGUGCCCAGUGUGAGCAUGGAGCACUGUGACCUGCAGGUGCCCAUGGGCACUGGUGUGUGGAGCUCUCAGAUGUGCUGUGGACAGAGCACUGUGGGAGCUGCCUUGUCUCAGCUGCUGGAAGGUCUUAGGUACAAACAAUAAACAGCCCUAGGAAAGUG